AUGCACUGCUACGGGGAGCGGUACAAACACCUGUACCUGCCGGGCUCGGGGUAUCUCACUGAAAACCUCCCGCAGUGCCCGCCGCAGUCGGAUGCCUGCAGUACCACCUGCCACCCAGUCAGCAUCAUCAAGACCCCGAUGCCCAGAUGGCAAAGCUACGUUCAACCUUUCAGUUACGUGUGCCCACAGCCAACCUUGAGCCAAACAUCUCUGCUGUCGUGCCAGCCCUAUGUACAGCAGUGUGUCCUGCUGUACCCCGAGCCUUGUGAGACCACGCGGCUUCUGCCCUGUAGGAGACCCAGCCUGAAGCUGAGCACCACGCAGAAUUACCAGGCUUGUGAGACCAAUCAACCUGAGAAGAAACGAAUGGCCAAGAGCCUCCCACCCUGUGCUCCCAAGUGCCCAGAACCAAGUAAACUCAAGUUCCCACCAUGUGGGAUCAAGUACUCGUCUUCGUGCAAGGAUGAAUGUAAGUCGCAGAAGAUAUCCAAAUGCUCGACGCAACGACACGGCACGGAGCUCCGGUCUCUCCAAGGGUUGACCAGUGGUUAUUCCCCACCUCUACGAGGAGUCACUGAGUGUCCUCCACAGCGAUGUGUGACACAAUCUUAUCUCCAAGAAUACGUGAGUGGGUUUCCUCAGCAGAAAUGCAUGAAGGGUUACCCAACGCAGGAGUGCGUCACCACUUAUUCCUCACAGAAGUGCGUCACCAAGUGUCUACCCAAGUGUCCACCUGAGCAGGGAAUAAAGGAGUGCUCCACACAACGACACGUUGCCAAAUGCUCCCAAACUCAAGAGGGAACCAAGCACAAGAGCUCCUCAACCCAACACCUAAGCAAGUCCAAGUGCGUCUACCCACGGGCCACCCAGCAUCACGUAACAGGAGCCAAACGUUCAAGUCACUCCAAGAAGAGUCGUUGUGCUUCAAAAUGGUUGUGGUGA